ACAAGCUCUAUUGGACGUUGAAUGCGCACAAUUAACUCAACGUUGCUGUAGCGCCUAGUUCAAGGCAUACGUUACUCCGGGAGACGCCAACUACUUCGAAGGUGAUUAUAUUGAUCUUCAAAGAAGAACUUUAAUAAGCAGAACGGUUUUUUCUGCUAUUGUGUUCUCACAUUUGCUUGCCUCCCCGCCCCACUCUCCCCACACACACCUCCGUGUGCCUAUAUGCAAUGAUAUCUUCAUUGGAUAGAUUUAAAUUCUUACACAGUGAUGUAUUCCGUGGACGUGUUGCCUUAAUAUCACUUGUUCUUCAAAAUGCUGCUGUUGUUCUUGUCACCCGGUAUUCACGUGCAAGACAAGGUGAUAUGUACUAUUCGACCACGGCUGUUGUCAUGAGUGAAUUAGUCAAACUACUCGUUUGCUUCUUUCUUGUCUUUAUGGAGGCAAAUUAUUCAUUUCCUGCAUUCAUAAAUAACCUGAAAGAGAAUAUAUGGAAAGAUCCAUGGGAUUGUAUACUGAUAUCCGUUCCUGGGUUGGUGUAUACAAUUCAAAAUAACUUGUUAUUUGUUGGUUAUUCAAAUUUGGAUGCUGUAUCAUUUCAGAUAUUGUAUCAACUGAAAAUUUUCACCACGGCAAUAUUCUUCAGAAUUCUCCUAUCGAAACACCUAAGUCGUGUCCAAUGGAUUUCAUUGGCUAUUCUGUUCACCGGUGUAGUAUUAACCCAGUUAAAUGAUAUCAUGAAAUCGGAUACUGCGAUGAAUUCAACCGCCAAUGGUACUUCCAAUAAUAAUAAUAGUAGUACUAAUAGUAAUGGCAACAAAAAUCUACUCCUUGGAUUAUCCUCCGUUGUACUGGCAUGCAGUUGUUCUGGUUUUGCUGGUGUAUUUUUUGAAAAACUCUUGAAAAGUAGUCAUAAAAGUGUAGCUAUACGUAAUAUUCAGUUGGCAUUUUAUGGGGUGACUGUGGGAAUUAUAACAGUUUAUCUUAAAGAUGGACAAGCUAUACAUAAGAAUGGAUUUUUUUUCGGUUAUGAUUCUAUUGUAUGGUUGGCAAUUUUAAUCCAGUCUCUAGGCGGGUUGUUGAUUGCAGCGACGAUACGCUAUGCAGAUAAUAUACGUAAAGGCUUUGCCACCUCGUUGGCUAUUGUACUCACUUUUAUCUUGUCAAUAUUUUGGUUUAAUUUUCAACCGACAAUUUUAUUCUUUUUUGGUGCUGUUCUAGUUAUUAUAGCUACGGUUUUGUAUUCUGCUUAUCCACCUGCCACUGAUACUACUAAUAACAAGUUUGUUAGUAGUAGAAGUGAUGGUGAUAAUAGGUAUUUUGUAAAUUCACUUUUCAAUACAAAGUCGCAAGUGAAUAAUGAUUUUUCGCAUAAAUUAUCUAUAUGAUGAAUUGUACUCAUUUCCUUCGCUAUCUCCCUCUCUCUUUUUCUUUUUCUAUUGUGAUAUUGUUCUUUCUUUUUUUUUAUAAAAUUGUGAUAAAUUUCUAUUCCUGCCUAAACACCGCCAAGGCCCCCCCCUAGCCCGGCCCGCCUUCCCUCCAUUUUCUUCGCCUCAUUGUUUCACUGACUGCGGUAUGUACUGUCGUCAGGGAUGACAGGCGGCAAUUCAAAAGAAAGAAAAGAAAAAAUUACUUUUGUAUGUUUGUUAUUUGAUAUUUUGUCUUCUUUAUGGUGGUGUUAAUUUUUAUAGACCGAAAUGGCUAGUGAUAUUGAUAAUAAUAAAUUUUAGUGCCUUUUGUAUUCUUAA